AUGCAAAAAGAGAUUGAAGAACGUUUAAAGCUUAGUUCUUACGGCGAAGGUUCUCCUAGAAAAGGAUGGCUUUACAAUAUGGGUCCGACCCAUGUUACAGACCAAAAGAAACGCGUAUCUUUGUCUGGUUUGGACCUUUAUUUCUUGCAAGAAGAUUUGACUCCAUUCAAAUCCACCAUUAUGUAUAAUCCAUAUUUCUACGUUGGCUGCAAAGAUGGAACCCAUGAUAAAGUUCGAGAAUACUUGACCGGAAGAUUCAAAGAGAUAUAUCGAAUUGAAGAAGAGACUAGAAAACAAGAUCUUCAAAAGCCAAAUCAUCUUUUAAAUCCAUCGGUCAAAUAUCUGAAAUUAUUAUUUCACAAUGAGAAAGAUUUGAUGGAAGUUCGUAAAUAUAUUCUGCCUGCAGUAAAAGAGAACAAAAAAUUGGCUGCUUCGAAUAGCAAUCUCGAUCAUAACAAAAAGAAUAAUACAAAAAUCGAUGAAUAUGAAAAGAUCUCGUAUAUGAACGACAUACGUGAAUAUGAUGUUCCCUAUUAUCAUCGAGUUGCCAUCGAUAAAGGUAUUAGAGUUGGUCGCUGGUACACAGUCCGAGCAAAGCCGAGUCAUCAGGGACCUCAAAUUAGUUUGACCUUGCAGGAGGAUAUGCUCGAAAAUCCAGAAGUUGUUGUUCUUGCCUUUGAUAUUGAGACUUAUAAAGAUCCGCUUAAAUUUCCUGAUUCAUCUAAAGACCCUAUAAUGAUGAUAUCUUAUAUGAUUGACGGCGAUGGUUAUUUAAUUACUAAUCGAGAAAUAAUCGCCGAAGAUAUUGAAAAUUUUGAGUACGUCUCGAAACCAGAAUUCGCUGCAAAGUUUCAUAUAUUUAAUGAAGUCAAUGAGGAAAUUGGGUUUACAAAGGUUGAGGCAGGGAAUGACAGUUAUUAUCAUAGUAGGCAUUGCUUACAUAUGGAUUGCUUCAAUUGGGUUCAAAGAGACAGUUAUCUUCCGGCUGGUAGUCAAGGUUUGAAAGCAGUCACAAAAGUUAAAUUAGGCUAUGACCCUCUUGAAUUGGAUCCCGAAGAUAUGGUCCCAGCUGCAUUUGAACGACCACAGGAGUUGGCACAAUAUUCUGUUUCUGAUGCGGUUGCUACGUAUUACCUUUACAUGGAACAUAUCCAUAGUUUCAUAUUUUCGUUAUGUAACUUGAUCCCUCUCAAUCCUGAUGAUGUAUUACGUAAAGGUUCAGGCACACUAUGCGAACUUUUGCUCAUGGCGGAAGCGUAUCGUGCUAAUAUAUUGUUUCCGAAUAAACAUGCAGAUGAAUUGGAAAAGUGGGAUAAUGAAAAACUGCUGGAUUCUGAGACCUAUGUUGGUGGUCACGUUGAAGCUUUAGAAGCAGGUGUAUUUCGAUCAGAUAUCCCAAUUGAAUUUAAAAUUGAUCAUGAUGCCAUUCAAAAGCUUAUUGAGAAUUUAGAUGAUGUCCUGAAAUUCGGCUUAGAUUCUGAGAAAAGAGACGAAGAUUUAAUUUCUGAUAUUAUCAAUUAUACUCAAGUACGAGAACAAAUAAUCGGCGCCUUACGAAAUCUUCAAGAAAAGUCAUUGCAUGAAACUAACCUUAUUAUGACGCCAGCAAUAUAUCAUUUCGACGUGGGCGCUAUGUAUCCCAAUAUUAUUUUAACGAAUCGCUUACAACCCGAUGCAAUCCGCGCUAAAACAAAAAAUAACUUGUGCAGUCAUAAAAUAUCUGGUGUAUCUUGCGAUCGGCCUAUGAAUUGGACUUGGCGCGGCGAGGUCUUUUCGCUGAAUAAGGAUGAAGUAGAACAUUGCCGAAGCUUACUCAAAUCAAAAACAUAUGAAAAUGUUAAAUAUACUGAUUUAUCGGCGGAAAAACAAAACGAGAUAACAAAGAAAAGCUCUGGCAAAUUCUCUGAAUUAUCACCAUACAAGCAAGCCGAGCUAAUAAAGAAAAGUGAUGUCAAAUAUUUUGAUCUAUCAAUAGAAAAGCAAGUGGAGCUAUUAAAGAAAAGGGUUCAAGAAUAUGGUCGAGCUGUUGGACGCACAGUCAAAACUACGAUACUCGAAGAUAGGGAAGUGAUUGUAUGUCAACGUGAAAAUCCUUUUUACAUUGACACUGUCAGAAAUUUUCGCGAUGAGCGGUACAAAUACAAACGUCUUUUGAAGGAUUGGAAGAAAAAAUUAGAAAUCGCAAAGCGCUCCGAUGAAUUCAAAAUUGCAAAGAAUCGGGUUGUCUUAUACGACUCAUUACAGAUUGCCCAUAAAUGCAUCUUGAACUCUUUUUACGGCUAUGUCAUGAGAAAAGGCUCUCGUUGGUAUUCGAUGGAAAUGGCUGGUGUAGUAUGCUUAACUGGUGCGAAGAUAAUCCAGAUGGCUAAACAAUGGGUGGAAACUAUAGGACGACCUUUAGAAUUAGAUACUGAUGGCAUAUGGUGCAUGCUUCCUUCCACUUUCCCGCAACAAAUAACAUUUACUUUAACAAGUAAUAAAUCUAUUACGUUGUCUUAUCCUUGUGUCGUACUCAAUUAUUUAGUGAGAAGAGAUUUUACCAAUCAUCAGUAUUGCUAUAUGAAUAGCAAUAGUGGAAAAUAUGAAAUGCGCAGUGAAAAUUCUAUUCUAUUUGAACCUGAUGGACCAUACCGCGCAAUGAUAUUACCGGCAAGUGAAAAAGCGGAUAAAAAACUGAAAAAAAGAUAUGCGGUAUUUAAUGACGCCGGAAAGCUGGUUGAAUUGAAAGGUUUUGAGGUGAAACGUCGCGGUGAAUUAAAAUUAAUAAAGAUUUUCCAAGAAAGUAUAUUUCCUCUUUAUCUUAAAGGAAAAAGUCUAGAGCAGAGCUAUGAAGCUGUUGUAAAAGUUGCAAAUAAUUGGCUUGAUUUACUUGAAAACAAAGGAGAUGGUAUGAACGUUGCGGAACUGAUCGAGUUAAUUUGCGAAGGCAAGAACAUGUCGCGCACGUUAGAAGACUAUGGGAAUGCAAAAUCAACUCAAAUUACGACCGCUAAACGUCUUAAGGAAUUUCUUGGCGCAGAAAUGGUACAGGAAAAGGGAUUAGCGUGUAAAUUUAUUAUCGGAGCAAAACCAAGCGGUCUUGAUGUGAGUCAAAGAGCGAUUCCAAUCGCAAUAUUUUCUGCAGAUCUCCCGGUAAAGCAAUAUUUUUUGAGAAAAUGGUUAAACGAUCCUAGUAUUCAGAAUGUCGAUAUACGUGAUAUUGUAGACUGGGGGUACUAUUCGGAAAGAUUAAAGCGCGUGAUUCAAAAACAAAUCUCCAUCCCAGCUGCUAUGCAAGGACUGCAAAAUCCUAUUCCAAGGGUUCCACCUCCAAAAUGGCUCAUAGACCAAGAAUAUGAAAAGAGUAGUAAUCAACUUCGUGUUGACGAUAUGUUUGUAAAAUUGGCGAAAGAUUCUGUCGGAAAAGAAAAUAAGGUAUCUUUAUCUUCUCGUUCGGAUAAUUCCAAUAACAUGGAAAUCAUAGAUGCAGUUGAUGAAAUGGAAAUUGAUGAAAUAGACAACGUCAUCGAGUCUUCUUUCCGCAAGAGGAAAAGUCUUAUUGAUAUAAAUAAAAAUUCAAAAAGAACAAAGGCUCAAAAUGAUAUAAUCCAAUUAGACGAAGAUGAAAAUGAAAAUGACUUUGGAUUGGAUUCAAGUCGUCCAAACGAUAUCAUUAUUUUUCAAAUCAUUCCUACAAACAUUCCGGGUGAAUUGCGUGUCUUUGCAUUUGCAAGAAAUCAGCUAUAUCCGAUAACUCUCACAGUACCGCGUAUACUUUAUGUUAAUUCACGUAUACCAGAACUCGCAGAUAAUAUCAAAGAUAUGUGUGAUCAAAUCACCAAAGUCAGACGUACUUUACCUGGAUCACGCGUACUUAAUCAUCUCUUUGAAUUAUUCAUUAAAGAGAAAGAUUUUGAAAAGAAUCUCGGUAUUUUAAAGAGGGACAAUAGUCUAGAGGGUGUUUAUGAAUCGAAAACACCUUUGACACAAAGGGCUAUUAAUAAAUUAGGAUUCUUGUGCACGGCUAAUGCUAACGGACAAAGCCUGCUUAAUACUAGAUGCAAUCUCAUGGAUCUUAAAGUAUCAAAAAGCAAAAAUUCCAGUAUCCCGCUUGAUAAGCUUUCCUACUUAUAUAUUAUACAUAUUGUAACUGAAUAUGGUGUUAUGUGGGCAUUGUUUCACUCUAAAAGAGAGGAGAUGCAAUUUUUCAUUCUUAAUGAGCACUCAAAUCAAAUAAUCACUGAUCUUACAAUAGAACAUGCUUAUGAAAAAAUCUGGAAAGAUGUCACCGAAGAGAAAAAAGUUAUUUUAGAGUAUAAGCCAUCUUUAACGGUAAUUAAAAGAAACUAUAGUGAUUAUGAUGACGUUUCCAAAGAUAUUUCACAUGAACUGCGACAAUUACAUGGACCAACACUUGUGAUUAUCCAGUCUAAAAAGAAUAGACCUUUAGGUCGAGAAAAGAUCACACAAUUUCCGACUAUCUUCAUGCAUCCUCCGAAAUUGAUUAAAAAACAAUUGAAUCCAUUAGAUUGGCAAAGAAAAGUCGUUGAGGCAAUCUGUCAUAAUUAUUUUGAAGUGGGAUCUUGGCUCAGCCAUCGAAUUGAUAUUGCCAAAUACACAAAUAUUCCUGUAUGUAAUCUUCCAAAAGAUUGGCAAUUGUAUGCGAUGGACGUCCAGUUUUCAAGAAACCUGCAGAAUAAUGGGCAACUUUUAUGGUGGUCGACGUCUGGUGAACCAGAUUAUGGGGGACAUGAAUUUGAUAAAAAUUCAUAUAUUAUGGACAUUUAUUCUGCUACAGAAUUCAACAAUCCUGGCUAUUAUAAGACAAUAUGCCUCGACAUGAAGGUUCAUGAUUUGUUGUUCAAUGCAAUAUUGAUGUAUGAAAAAAUUUCGAUGCCUGAGAUGCCUGACUCGUUGAAGAGUCUAAGGAUCACGGUUCAAAAUUGGUAUUUUGAUGCUUUAACACAGGGUAAGGAAUCGCUUGACAAAGAAAUGAAGAGUCAUUUUCAUCGUUGGCUUAGUUCUACUGAAGCUAAUAUGUAUGAUCCGCGUCUUAAUGGAGCUGUGAAAAGAUUGAUGACCAACGUUCUUUGGGAAUUAUAUAAUCAACUUGGAAAAGUGAUCUUUAUUGAUUUUGGAAGAAUAAUAAUUGACACUACAAAGUCUAAAAGCACCACUCAAGAAAUUAGCGAACAUUUCAACAAUAUUAAAAGUGAUAUAGCAAGAACCGAUCGUCUUCAGACAUUAAAGCUCCAGCCUAUUAAAUUGUGGACACAACUUUUAUGGGAAGACGCGUCAAAUUAUGGAGGACUCUGCAUGAGCGAAGGCAAAAAAAAGGAACUUCAGAUGUCAUGGAACAUGGCGAGUUAUCUGCCUAAAGAUUUGGUCGGUCCUUUUGAAAAUACUAUAAGAUUUUUUAUCAUUAAAACAUCCGAGUUUUUGAUGAAGAAAAAUUUUAAUCUCGACAAUGGACUCGAAGAUGACAAAACUUCUGAUAUGUAUAAAGAUAUUUUUAUCGAAACCAUUAACAAAAUAAAGCAAAUACUUUCGGCUAUAAAGUGCCAAGAAAUCAAAGGGAUAAUCUAUAAAUUUCCGGAACUUCCUGGAUCAACAUAUCGAAGAAACAACGUUGCACUUGAAUUUCUCAAGUACAUAUUUCGAGUCUUUAAAUUGGAUCCCGAGCUUGAAGAAUUAGCGGACGAUGAAAAGCAAAAUUUGAUGAAAAUUAUUGAAAUUAGUGCAUUUAGUGACAUCGCCAAAUUUACUAAUCCAGCUGGAUCAUUAAAGAUACCGAUUUCUUGCCACGAAUGUGGAUUCACGCGUGAUGUUGAUCUUUGUCGUGAAGAUUAUUCGGGGUGUAUUUGUAAAAAACCAUAUAACAAGGACAUAUUUGAAGAGAAUUUGGUGGCAUGGGCGGAGCGUCGUAUAAUGGCAUUGCAGUUGGUAGAUUUAAGAUGCGUUCAUUGUAGAAGACCAACUAAGGAUCUUCAGGAUAAUUGUUAUUGCGGUAAUGCUUACAAGAUGGAACAGGAUCGUAAUGUGUUAAUAGAACAAUUACAUAUUCUUGCUGAAAUAUCUAAGCUUAAUAACAUGAUUUUAUUGAAUGAAAUUGUGGGUAGAACUCUUAGAUCAUGA